AUAGUAGCCGAGUGACCUAGAAGUGCGUCAGUACCCUAAAAAUCAGUGCCUUGCAAGGGUACUGUUGAAAAGUUGAAAUACUAAGGCGUCGGUAAAGUGAUUUUAGCAUCUGAAGUCUUUUUAGCUUUGGUAUAGUCACAGAAACGACCAUCCUUUUAGUGGUGAUGUGCUGAAAGAAAAUCUGUGUAUUUGUGGAUAUUGAAAAAAUCUUGGAUAUAAAAUGAAUGUUUCUAUUCGAAAUGUUCUAUUCAAGUGUCUUGAUGGUUCCGCUUUUUUCUCUGUUAAAUCUAUUCUGAGAACAAUGUCCACUAUAGUAUAUCGUAACAAAAAUCCAAGAAAUCUUGAACUUCUUGGUAUGGCGCCAAAAACAAAAGGAUGGGAACUUCAGGCUCCGCGUAAAGACUUUUGGAAUAAAGUUGUGUUGGAUAAAGGAUCACAUCAUACAACUGGGCUUGUUAUUCAUUUUUCAUCAAAAGUUUUACUCUCUGCAUCAACUGCAGAAAUCAGCAUCAGAAAGCAUUUGUAUAGUUGUACUGAUGUCUCUGCUGCAGCAAACAUUGGAAGAGUGUUAGCCUUCAGAUGUCUACAGUGUUGUUUAACUGAACUAUGUUCCGAUGUAACAAGUGAGAUAUCCAAAGAAAGUGAAAGUACUAGAGCUUUCUAUGAAUCUUUACAGGCUGGUGGUAUACAACUGAAAGAACCACCAUGUAUUGAACAAUUAGAAGCUAUUGGAUUAGAUUAUGAUAGUAUGUCAGAUGAAGAAAAACGCAGCAUGUAUCCAAGCCUAAUUGAAACUCUUCGAACUGUUCCUGACUGGCAUUCACUUCCAUAUCCAUAUUCAUUGAGACCUAGAGCUAAAAGUGCUAAAUUGAAAAACAGUUAUCAAAUCUUGUCAAAAAUUCGCCAAGGCAUGGUAUGGGAUCCAUUCUACCGCAGGAUGGUACAUCCACGGAACAAAGCUUAUUGGCAACAUGAAUUUGAAGAAUCACAAAGGAAGGGACUUGAGUCUCAGGUCACCGAAAACGAAUGUGAAGAAGAACAACCUGUUCAAAUCAUCGUUCCGUCUAAAUGGCAAAUAAGCUAGCCAGUAUGAUAUAGUUCUUCUAUUAGAUCUUCAAUUGAUACAAUGUUUUCAUUGAAUAUAACUUUGUGAUAGUUUUGUUUUGUUCAGUUUAAUGUCUCAAUGCUUUAAGCAUUUACUUUUCAGCCAUGUUAUCGUGAUAUCGGAUUUGUAGAAGUCAAGCCUAUUCCAGUAGGUAUAGUAGAUGCAUAUGUAUGUAGUAAUUUAUCCGUAUCUUAUAGUCUAUUUAUUUGUGAUGCUAAAACAUUACUACUUAAAUUCAGUAGUUUAUGUAUUACUGUUUGUUUUAAGACACAACUUCAUAUGCCAGGUUGUUUGCUAAAUCAAAUGAAACCACACUUUUUCUGAGACCGAAUAUAGUGAAGUCAAGUUGAAAGACUCAUCCAAUAGUUACGUUAGGUGAUCUCUGAUGAUUCCUUGCUUCAUUUUUAAGAUCCGGACUUGAUAUUUAUGCGAGAAUUUGGAGCUAAGAUCAAAAGUCUGUUUCUUCAUAGUUAAACCAUUUAUGUAAUAUUUACUUCCGCCUUUUCGUGUUAUAAGAAUAUAUCGGUUUGCUUUUAAAAUUACUUCCUCUAGGUUAUGAAUAACAGCAAAGUACAAAGUUACUAGUUGGAACUGUCUAGGCUUCUUGAUUAGUUAGGGUUCAAAAGGAUGGAGACUUUAGUAAUUGACGGAUUGCUGUUGAUGUAACUAGAGAUUAACUGUAAUGUCGUGGAUGCUUUCAUCCAUAUAUUUUUUGAAAGUUAUGGUAUGCUAUUGUUCUGUACUGAUUAACUUUACGGUCCACUUAUUUUUUUUAAACAUCUUAGCGUUUUCACUUUUCCCCUUCAUUGUACUGUUGGGAAAUUUAUCACCUUAAAACUAUGUGUUAUCAUCUAAAGUUUCUUUUUUAUAUCGUAUCCUAG